AAUUUUGAAUCAUUUGACACUCCAGAAUUGCAUUUUACUAUGUCUGCCGACUUCUGGAACUCCACCCAAAGAACUAAAUGGCAGCUUACUCGUCAUUUAUUGUUUGAAAACCGUAGGAAAUUACUCCUCUUGGAACGCAAAAUGAUCCAUAAUGGUCUUAUAAAAGACUAUCCAGGCAUUGUAUUUGAUGCCAAUAUGAGAAUAUAUCUUCAUAACCUUCUCGUCAAACUUGGCCGAAGAUUGAAUAUUCGACAAAUCGCUCUAGCCACCGCUGAGGUAUACCUCUUGAGAUUUCUUACUCGUGUCCUGCUCAAGGAGAUCAAUGUCUAUCUUCUUGUGGCUGCCUGUCUAUAUGUGGCGUGUAAAAUCGAAGAAUGUCCUCAACACAUCCGUCUUAUAACCUCAGAAGCUCGUAAUCUCUGGCCAGAAUACGUUCCACAAGAUAUCACCAAAUUGGCAGAAUUUGAGUUCUAUCUCAUCGAAGAGCUAGAUCUGUACUUGGUGGUCCAUCACCCUUACAAGUCCUUGUUACAACUCCGCGAAUACCUUGCGGGACAUCAAUCCCAUGGAUUUACUCUUACCGAUGAAGAAUUACAAAACUCAUGGUCUAUCAUUAAUGAUAGUUAUAUCACCGAUCUUCACUUGUUAUUUCCACCUCAUGUGAUUGCCGUCACUGCUGUUUAUAUCACGGUGGUGUUGAAUAAACCAGGUAAACGAGAUGGCAAGAGUGGUCAUGGUCAUGGUCACGCCAGUGGUGGGAGCGUUGGGGGCCAAGGUUCUGGGGGUUCUCUGCAACAACAUGGAUCGAAUCAGUCUUCUUCUGGUACUGGGAAUGGACAACACCUGGGACAACACCAACAGGUUCUGAGCCAACCUGAUAUCCAUAUUGAUGACCUUAUGGCGUUGUCAUACACAGUUCCUGUGAGUGAGGCUAACCAUGCUCUCCGAACUGAAAGGUUUCGUAGCUUCAUGGCAAGCUCUCAUGUUAAUUUAGACGAAGUUGCCGAGGCACUUCAAGACUUGAUAAAUUUGUAUGCUGUUUGGAACCGGUAUAACGAAGGUAGUGUCAAGAAAGCCCUUCAAUACAUGUUAUUGAGUAGGUAG